GCUCCUCAGCAUGUGAUCAUCGCAUUCCUGUCUGGUGAUUCCUGCACUGGUGAAAGACAUUGUCCAUCUUUCGCGGUAAGUUAAUAUAUAUUUACUCGUAUAUAGAAGAAUAAACCAAACUUCCAUGUGAUUAUACUCAACAUGCUGUAACAAUGAAUUGUUGUAGCUCAACAAUGGAGGAGGAUCUUCAACAGUUUUUAAGGUCACGACAUGUUCCUGAAGAGGACAUCAUUCACAUGAAAAGGGACAAGAUUGACAAAUCUGUGCUCUCUGUUAUGACUGAUGAGCAAAUAGCAAAGUAUAUCAGUUCAUAUGGUGACCGACUGGCUGUCCUCUCCUUCUGUCAACAAACAGCUGCCUGCUCUGAUAAAGAAACUCUGUUACAGAAUUUGAGAGAUAAAAUUGAAGCAAGGAAGCUGGGAUCAAAGUCAGCUGAAGCUUUGCAUGGUAAAGCCUGUGUCUACCGUAAGCAACAGUAUUCGAUGGCAAGACACAAAAAUGUACCUGCAGAAAAAACCUCCUGAAGAAUUGAAAUUGGAUGGCUUCAUUUCUGCCAUAAUUGAUACCAACAAGUGAGGACCAGUAAUGGUGGUGGCACAAGACAUGUGACAGUUCAAAAAAAGACCACUGUUUUACAAAUCAUGGAAAUGGGAAAGAACUUUUUUUUCCCAAAUGGGGAGUCACCAAAAGGUCCAGAAACAGACUUCACUUUUCAUGUCUGUGAUUUUAAAAGAAAACAAAUUCCCUUGGAUAGCACUGUUGGAAACCUGUAUGAACAAACUAAACAGAAAUUGUUGAGAUUUUAUAUUUGCACUAAACAAGAGGUGUGUCUCUCAGACUUAGAAUCUUUAUCUGAUGGAGAUAAAGAGGAAUGUAAUGAACAAUCAUUACUACAGGAUGGAAUAGACAGUGAUACUGAAAGACCUGCUGCACAAUUGUCCAGCCAUGGAUCUGACAGUGAUGCUGAGGAUUCAAGGACACAAUUAUUAGAUGACAGACAUUCAUCUAACAGAGACACCAGGAGGAAGAAACGACUAAGAACUAGCGCACAGAGAACAAGGAGAACGGAGGAUGUUCCACAGACUGAUUUGACCUCAAAGACCAUGCAUAUGGAGACACCCCGCACUUCACACAAUUCUCUUUCUCCAUCGAAAGAUACCCAAAGAACACACACAGUCCAAAGGCUCAUAAGCAGCUCAAGCGAUGAGGAGACUGAUGACUUGCGGAAUAAUAGUGUGCUGCAUCCAAAGAGUCCACAGCAUUCACAUGAGCUCUGUGAUAUUCAACGAGGCUAUGAGUUCAUUGACUUGAUUAAUCAGAUUCCUCCACUGUAAAGCAGCUCUGCAGCAGACAAUAGUGUCAAUAUUUAGCUUAAGUCAGUUCUGUGCUAAUUCAGUUCAGUAAGUGUAGAUGUUGCACAGUUCAUCAGUUAUGAAGCAGCUUCAAAUGCAGCUCUACAGAAGACAAUAAUGUCAUUAUUCAGCUUAAUUCAGUUCAAGUUUUGUUCUCAUCUGAUAGUGUCAGUGCAGUCAAAUCGAUAAUAUUACUGGAUAUUAAUUGUCUUUUUGUCUGCUUUUUGCUACUCCCUUAUCACUAGGCAAUUGUUAUCAGUGACACUACUUUUUUACUUUCGCUUUGACAAUGUGUCUCACUUUGAUUUUAUGCAUGUUUAUUGAUCCUCUAGAAUGCAGAGCUGAAUGAAUCUGAAACUGAGGCAUCAUCACCACCCUCAAGUAAUAGCAAUGCUGUACCGCAGAUGGAUAGCGGAAUGCCUUCACCACCAGAACAUUUGCAAUCACAUUCAGGAAACCACCUGUCUCCUACAAUUUCAUCUGAAAAUUCUGCAAAUCCAAAAGAUGUGCACACUUUAAUACACAGGGUAAAGGUUGUAGAAGAUCUUGUGGCUGUGUUCAUGGAUAGCAGCAUAAUUCAUUCUACAGUGACAAUGGAAUUUGUAAACGAGAAUGCUGUAGAUGAUGCUGGAGUGUCCAGAGAAGUUUACACUGCAUUCUGGGAUCAGUUCCUUGAACAGUGCGAAGGGGAAGAUGAGCGGGUUCCUAGACCAAGACCAGACUUUUCUGAAGCUGAAUGGGAAGCAGUAGGAAGGAUCUGGGUAAAAGGAAUACUUGAUCUCGGUGUGCUGCCAGUGAGGCUUUCCAGUGUAUUCAUUUUAGCGUGCAUGCAUGGAAUUGACUCGGUCAAUGUUGAUGUCCUGAUGUCAUCCUUCCAAAACUAUCUCUCUUCAACUGAACGAUCUGCCGUUGCAAAGGCUCUUCAAGGCACACUGGAGGAAUGUGAUGAAGAGGACUUGCUUGACCUCUUUACAAGAAUGGGCUCUCAUUGUAUCCCUCCAAAAAACACCAUAGAGGCUGCCAUACAAACAAUGUCUCAUAAAGCCAUUCUUCAAGAGCCCAGGUAUAUAAUAGAUUGCUUCUCCAACACCAUGCAAUUUGCACUGAUGAAAAUACCAGACAAAGAAAACCUAGUGUCUCUGUAUGACACAAAGAAGGCCAAUGGCAAAAAAGUGGCACAGCUACUUCAAAAAUCACAGGUGAUUCGCUCUCAGAAAGAACGGAUGGUAUUCAAUCAUCUGCCACGUUAUGUCAGAAAUGCUGAACAAAGCAAAGCAGAAAAAUGUCUAUGCUCCUGCACUGGUUCUUCUGUUAUAUGUGUUGAUCAAAUCAAGGUAAGCUUCAAUGCAGAAUCUGGCCUCAGCAGAAGGCCAGUUGCUCAUACUUGUGGAGCUACUCUUGAUUUACCAUAUACUUACAGUUCUUACCCAGACCUCCGCACAGACUUUGAUAACAUUCUGUCCAGUGAUUACAUUGAAAUGGACAUCCUGUAAAUUUGUUUACAUUUGAUUGUUGUAACAUUCAAUUUAGUUUAUUCCAAUAGGUUUGGAGUUUUCUAAUAAGUGGUUCUCUUAUAUAGUACCAUAUGGUUUGUUCUCCUCAAAGCAUAGCACCAGAACUGUACUCAGAGUACUGUUGAAUUUGAGUUUUAUUGUUGCAUGUGUUUUGUUUACACAGAAAAGAAGAAAUUUAAGUAUGAUGUUUUGAAAUAUACUCUGUACCGGUAUGUUUAAUUUAGGCUGCUGAUGCAAAGUAUUGAAACAGAUUGCUAUUCUGUUUUUAAUCUUAUGCAAUAUCACUUUUGUUGUUAGUAAGGAAAGUACUCUGAAUCUUUAACCUGUUUGUUAAAGGGAUAGUUCACCCAAAAAUGAAAAUUCUGUCAUUUAGUCACC